CCACAUUGGGGUUGAUUGGAGUUGGGAGUAGCACAAUAAAAUUUGUUUGUAUUGACAUCGCGUGCAGUUUCUUCUUUUUAAACAAAUUAUACAGAGUUAUACAGAGUUUGGGUAAAAAAUGGAGGACAGUGGCAUUGAUAGCGAGGACAGGCAGUCCAACAUAUACGAGGAUGGUGCUGCUGGCCUGCUGAAAACGGCCAGCGGAGCCCCCAAGCAUAUGUCGGAUCUGGAGUUUGAGGUGGCGUUUAGGGGUGCCGGCAAGGUGUAUGCCCCCACGACCAUAGAAAUCGAUGAGGAGGAAGCGGCCGCCGGUCGAGGCCACGAGCCACCCAACACCUGCCGCAUACUGCAGCGAAAACUGGAGCUGAAGGUCGAGCGCGCUCGAAGGAACUACACCCAGUUCCAAGAAGAGCAGGUACGAUAAUGACUUUUAAUUUCGCAGGCUACAAAGACACAGUCGUCCACCUUGAUACCCAUCAAUCGACUGCCCAUUCCUGGCGAGCCCGAGCACAAGCCUCUGGUUGAUUACAAGUCUGAGAGCAGCGACGAGGCGGAGGAGAUAUCCUUCUUUCCGGCCCAGCUGAAGCGAUCCAAGCGCCGCCAGCAAAACCACGAACUGACCGACACGUUCAGCAUACAGGAAAUGACCAUCGACUCGGAUCUGGAGUCGGAUGACAGUGCCGGCACCCAGAAUCUCGAGCUUCUGCUGCCGUCCAUGAAGUCCACCAUUCUCGACAAGUUCCGGAGCUGCUUCGGCUGCUGGCGGCGGAGGUAAUGCCACGCGGAUCGGGAGCAUAUCAGGCGGAUCAAGCACAAAUCACGUUAUUGACAGGCACUAGCAAACUACGUACUUAAUAAUAAACUCCAUUGCCACUACAGAGCUGUAAACAUAGAUUUAUUUGG